AUGGAGGAGUUGCUGUCCCGAUUGUUCCAGUUGUUUGAUUUGGACCGGGACAACCAAUUGGUGCAGGAGGACUGGAUUGAAUUCUUGAAAGAACGACUAACGGAUGAAAAGCAAAUUGACUUGGCCGAACAGCUGGAGAGCGUGGCUUACGUCCUCUGCGGAGACGAAAGGGUGUCACUGGACAAAUUCUGCCAAAUCUUUCAAGCCAAAGGGAUUGUUGAUAAACUGUUUCGACUUAUCGACCUGGAUUCUGAUGGGGUGAUCACUGCCGCUCAAAUAAUGGAGUUUUUAGCAAAUGUGACAAAUUCAAGGAGAAGAACCGGUUUCGACAAAAGCAAUUUGGAAUGGCUGGAACAAUUAUUUCGUCAAACGGUUGGAAACGAAAAAGAAAUUAGAAGAGACGACUUCAAAAAAAUACUCAUUACAAAAAAUCCAUUUUUUACAGAAAGAGUUUUCCAAAUUUUCGACAAAGACAAUUCAGGAUCGAUAUCGAUGCAAGAGUUUCUUGACGCUAUGCAUCAAUUUGCUGGACAGUCACCUGAUGAUAAAAUGAAAUUUCUUUUUAAAGUAUACGAUUUAGACGGAGAUGGACUAAUUCAGCAUCGCGAACUUCAACAUGUCAUGAGAGCGUGCAUGGAAGAAAAUGGGAUGAGAUUCAGCGAAGAACAGAUUGAUGAUCUCACCAUGGCUUUAUUCGAAGAUGCCGAUGCAGAGUCACGUGGAGCUAUAACAUAUGAAUCAUUAAAAAAUCAACUUGAAAAACAUGGAGGUUUACUUCAAAAUCUUACAAUAAGCAUUGAUCGUUGGCUGGUGCCACCGAAACCAAAAAGCCCACCUACAUCGGCUUUAGCAAGAAUCAGUGCUUUACGACCAUACCAGUUAACCUUACCUUACAUUAGAAACAAUUAUGUCUACUUAAUAUUUGUUACCGUUUUCUUCCUUGUCAACCUUGCACUUUUCGUAUCUCGAUCGAUUCAAUACCGCAACUACAAUGUGUAUGUGAUAUUUGCCAGAGCAUGUGGGCAAUGCUUGAAUUUUAACUGCAUGUUUGUGCUUGUGUUGAUGUUAAGACACAGCAUAACAUUUUUAAGAACAAGAGGAUUUAGCAACUUUUUACCUUUAGAUCAACAUAUUUAUUUCCACAAGUUAACUGGCGUCUGCAUUUUUUUAUACAGCGUUGUACACACUAUAAUGCACUUGUUAAACUUCAGUGUGAUAGUGUUGAACGAUCCAGUUAUUAAUGCUAAAAAUUAUACAUUAACUGAGUGGUUGCUUACAAAUAAACCAGGACUUUACGGCUUGAUACCAGGUGUGGCCAAUCCGACAGGAGUCGCUUUGACUUUUAUUCUUGGAAUAAUGUUCAUUUGUUCGCAAACAUUCGUCCGAAGAGGUGGAAGUUUUGAGAUAUUUUAUUGGACCCAUUUACUAUAUGUACCUUUUUGGAUAUUGGUUUUAUUGCAUGGUCCGAAUUUUUGGAAAUGGUUUAUAAUCCCAGGAGUGAUAUACGGCGUUGAAAGAGUACUACGUUUUAUUUGGAUGCGAUCUGAAAGAGGAAAAACGUAUAUAAGCUCUGGUUUACUUCUGCCGUCUCGAGUCACUCAUUUAGUUAUAAAACGACCGCCACAUUUUGACUUUCACCCUGGCGAUUAUGUGUUUGUUAAUAUACCAGCUAUAGCAAUGUAUGAAUGGCAUCCGUUUACAAUAAGUUCAGCACCUGAACAAGAAGGUUACAUGUGGCUGCAUAUCCGCGGUGUUGGAGAAUGGACGAAUCGAUUGCACAAUUAUUUUGAGAAGGAACAGGAAAAACUGCAUAACAUAAGGGAAGAUUUGCCUUCUGUACAUCCUGCACCGAAAACACAAAACGGGGCACCGACGACUGACAAUCGGGCGAUUAAAAGGAUACAAGCAUCGUUGAAAAAGAAAUUUAGUGGAAAGGAUGCCAACGGAACACCAGUUACAAAAAUAGUCGCAUUCAAAGGCGACCAAGGUAGUUUCACCAAUGAAGGAUUUACCAGCAAUGAAAAUAUCCAUAGUUCAACAGAAAGUGAUAUUUGCAUUCAGAACACUAGUGCAAGUGUUGAUGCAGUUAAUCUUAAUCCAGCAGUUAAAAAGACACCCGGGAGAAUGCACCUGAUGAAGAAAACUCCACUUUCAAAAUCAUUAUCAAUGCCCGAUAUUGACAACCGUACGAAAAAAAGGCAGAGAUUUUUGGUAUUACGAGAAUACAUGAGGUCCGAAUCUGAAAAAAGUUUUGACGAGUGUCAAAUGAGACGAGCUCGGCUGCAAUCCCUCGGACUUGCCUAUCUCAGCCCGCAGAAUAAAUCUCUUGCACAGAGCUUUAGAUAUAUGCGUAACAAACCAACCAUAAUCGCUUUUAAAACACCUAGUCUUGAAAGUUGUGAAGCCAAACUGUCGGCGCUUUCUAUUCUCAGUCGCCAGGACACUGCUUAUUUGACAUCUGACAGAUCUAAUGAAGAAAGCAAAGGUGAUUUGCCAGGCGUGAGUCAACGCUUCGAAAAAAAUAACACACAUACAUCAAUAAACUACCCAGUUGGAAAACCAUUGGAGAUAUAUCUUGAUGGGCCUUAUGGUGCACCGUCAAGUCACAUAUUCCGGGCUCAACAUGCAGUGCUUAUUGCAACCGGUAUCGGUGUAACGCCAUUUGCUUCGAUACUGCAGUCAAUUAUGCACAGAUACUGGAAGGCCAGACAUUGCUGUCCAAAUUGUAAGCAUACUUGGGUCAGUGAAAUUCCUCCAACUAUCAUGCAUUUACGAAAGGUUGACUUUUUCUGGAUCAACAGGGAUCAAAGAUCAUUUGAAUGGUUUGUCAACUUGCUCUCACAACUAGAAAUCGAACAGGCUGAGCUUGGAGGUGCGAUGGAGCGCUUUUUGGAAAUGCACAUGUACAUAACAUCCGCUCUUCAGAAAACGGACAUGAAAGCCGUCGGCCUCCAGCUGGCUCUUGAUUUACUCCAUGAAAAGGAAAAACGCGAUUUGAUCACCGGUCUUAAAACGAGAACGAACGCCGGAAGGCCGAAUUGGGACAAAGUGUUCAAACAAUUGCUCGACCAGAAAAAAGGGAAAGUUACAGUGUUUUACUGCGGCCCUCCUCAACUCGCUAGAAUCUUGAGGUUAAAAUGCGACCAAUUUGGAUUCAGCUUCAGAAAAGAAGUUUUUUGAAAAACCAUCGACGCAUUUGACAAAUUUAAGUUAUGUUAAAGCACAAUGAGUUACUAAAUAUUGUGAACUAGUAUAAAUAAUUUAAGUUAUAAAUUACAGUUUAACGCCUUUGUAUUUCAUGUGUAAAUGGAUGAACGAGAUAAUAUAUUUAGAGAGAAUGUGGAUGAGAAAGUGAGUUUAUAUAUUUAAAUAGAUUAUUAUAAUAUAAACAAAUUUAUAAUGCACACUAUUUUUUGACUUAGCUUUUAAAAUUUUAAAUCGUGCUCUUUUGAUCAAGAGAUCCAUAUUUUUGUUUGUCAUUUUAGUUGCAAUUUUAAAAUAUAUUUCAAGAUUAUAUUUUCUAUUAUACAUUG